AUGGUGCGCCUGGCAGCGCCCCGCAGGUGUCAGAGCCUGAGGGUGGUGUUCUGCACAUCUGCUGUGUCACCACAAGGCCAUGGCCGCAAGCCAAAGAGGGAGCCCAAGGUUGUCAAUGGAUGGACAGUGAACAAACAGACCAUGUUGAAACACAUUUCAGACGAGCUGUAUGGCUAUGUGCUGGACCACACAAGGGAGCCGGAGGUGCUUGCAGAACUGAGAGAAGAGACUGCACGGCUGCCGGGCUUCCAGAUGCAGGUCUCUCCUGAGCAGGGCCAGCUGAUGGGCCUUCUGGUCCAGCUGAUGGGUGUAAAGAAGGCCAUCGAGGUCGGAGUCUUCACUGGCUACUCAUCCUUGUGUGUCGCGAUGGCGCUGCCGCCUGAUGGGAAGCUUGUGGCUCUCGAGAGGGACGAAAAGGCAUUGAGCGUGGCAAGGCGCUAUUGGGACAAGGCAGGCGUCACUCACAAGGUGGUGGAGCGUGUUGGAAAGGCGGAGUCAACGCUGCAAUCCAUUAUUAAAGAGGAAGGAGGCAAUUCCUACGAUUUUGCAUUCAUUGAUGCUGACAAGGCGAAUUAUGGCGUUUACUACGAGCUGGCACUGGAGCUUGUGCGGCCGGGGGGCCUCGUCAUCGUCGAUAAUGUACUGUUCAACGGCAAGGUGGUUGACCCAGAGGUGAAGGAUCGGGGCACGAAUGCCAUCCGGGCGCUGAACGACAAGAUCUUCAAAGACGACCGUGUUUUUACGGCCACCCUUACUGUCGCCGAUGGUCUGACGCUGUGCCGGAAACUUUAG